AUGAAUAAUAAAUAACAGACACCCUUAAUACUUACUAAAAAUUUAAGUUAAUAGGUUUGUGAUUUGCAUAAAAGAUAAAUAUCUGGAGUGUGUAUGGAAGAUGUUUGUAAACAUUUUUCAAGAAUAUUAUGUAGUGAUUGUUAAUUCACUCAUUAAAAAUGUAAUUUGAGAAUGGAGAUAUAACAAUUUCAAAAUGAAUUAUCAUAUAUUCUGAAUCCAGAAUUACAUAAAGCAACUUGCCAUUAUUUUCCUGAACAUUCUAAAUUAUUAAAAUAUAUAGAUGAGUAAUUUGACAAGGCAAAAAAUAAAUUUAAACAUCAAAUUUUAGAUUUGGAACAGAAACAAUUGGCAUUUAUUUUAUAAGAAUAAGGUAUAAUUAUAAAUUCGAAUCAAUCAAAUCGCUGGGCUUAAUAAUUAAUUAAUAUGAAAAAUUUUAAUUUGAGUAAAUAAGAAUAUGAUUCUGCUGUUAUAAUGAUGAAAGAAAAAUAGUCUUUUGAUAAAACUGUGGUAAAUGAAGUAAAAGAAAUUUUUGAUAAAUUAAAAAUACUAAACAAAAAUGUUUUGGGAUAGAUAUAAGUAAAUUUUCGUCUCUAAAAUUUUAAUUAUGACGUUCAAUAAUUAUAUGAUGAAGCAACAAGAACUUUGAAUAAGACGAAUAAUGAGUAAGUUUAUGAAAUAGAAGAUAAAAUUAAACAAAAUAGAUUUAAAUCUUUAAAUGGAGGUCAUGAAUCGGAAGCCUCAAUAGUAGCUAUAACAGAGAGUCCAUCUCAUUUAAUAUCUGGAAGUGAUACAGGUAAUAUUGUGGGAUGGUUAAAGCCAAAUUACUCAUUAGACUUUAGAAUUAAAGCAAAUGAAGGAUUAAGCGCUUUAACUGUAGCUAAAUUAUAAGAUUAAUAUUAUUUAUUUGCAGGUGGAUAGGGAAUUAUAACGGCAUUUUCUUUGUAAUCAAAAUUAAAAAUAUAUAAUUUAAAUGGUCACACAUAACGAAUAUCUAAAUUACAAUCUUAUUCAUUAAGAAAUUUAAUAUCAGCAUCUUAAGAUGGUACAAUAAAAUUAUGGGAUUUAAAAGAAAGAAAAUACUUUAAGUGUUUUAAUGCUCAUUAAGGUGCAGUUUCAGAUUUUUUAUUGGAGAAAGAUCUUAUAACAGUUGGUUAAGAUGGCUAAAUAAAUUGGGUACAAAUUUAUAGACAUAUUAGAUUGAUCUUGGAAAUUAAACAAUUAAAAAAUCAACUUAAUUUCAGAUUCCAAUAUUUUGUAUAGGAUAAUUAUAAUAAGGAAAGUACGUUCUUGGAAUGGGAGAUGGUAGUAUAAAGAUUUUGAAAGGUACUAAAACAAGAGAUUAUAAAAUUAGUGAAAGUGUUAUUUACAGGUAUUUUAGAAUGAAAUAUAAAAAAUUAGAUUAUUGCCUUUAAAUAGUAAAUAGAUAGUUUGUUACUCAGGAGAUGGUUAUUUAUGUGUUAUAAAUUUAAAAAAGUCCUCUAAGAUAUUCAAAAGCCCAAUAUAGAAAGAUGGAUAAUGGCAAGAGCUUUGUUAGAUUGAUAAAUAAAUGAUGAUACCAUACUAGGGAAACAUUAGAGUCUAUUAAUAUAAAUAAUGA